AUGUCUUUCCGUUUAAAUUCACGAUUUUUAACUCAUAAUCAUCGUUUUAUAAUCUAUUGUUUAUUAUUAUUAUUAUUAAUUCAACCCAUAUUAUUUCUUACCUAUCUUUCAUUAAAUUCCACAUCAUUAUUUAUUACAGAAACGUGUCAUACAAAUAAAAUAGAUACAAAUAAUAUAUUAGAUCAUUCAUAUAGUUCUAUUAUUGAACAACGUUUAAAUUCAGUAAUUAAUUAUGAUACAUUAAAUAUUUUACAAUAUAAUCCACGUAUAUUAUGUUGGAUACCUACAACGUAUGAGAGAUUAGAUAGAGCACUUGUUGUACAUGAAACAUGGGCAAAACGUUGUGAUCGUACAAUAUUUAUUCUUGGUGGUCAACGUGUAGAAAAACCAUUAAAUCGUACAAUAUAUCCAUUUUCAAUUGCUUAUAUUGGAGGUGAAAAAUUAGAAAAAUAUAAUCAAUUAAGUGAAAAAGUUUUACGUUCAUUACUUUAUUUAUAUAAACGUUAUAUUAAUGAUUAUGAUUGGUUUUUAAAAGCAGAUGAUGAUACAUAUGUAAUUAUUGAAAAUUUACGUCAUUUUCUUCGUCGAAAAUUAUCGAAUACAACCGGUUAUUAUGGUUUUAUAGCUAAAAUUCGUGAUCGUUCAUAUCCAUCAGGUGGUGCCGGUUAUGUAUUAAGUCAAUCAACAUUAUUAAAAUUAGGUUCACAAAUAUUAAAUAAACCGGAAAAACGUAAAUUAUGUCGUGAUAAUGAAGCAGAAGAUAUUAAUCUUGCUUAUUGUUUAGCUCGUAUAAAUAUAUUUGUAACUAAUACUCGAGAUCAUAAUCAAUUGGAAACAUUUCAUCCAAUGACAUUUGAAGAACAUUUUUUAGGCAAAUUUUCACGUUGGAUUGAAACAAAUUCACAAUUUGAUCAAAAACAAGGAGAAAAAUGUUGUAGUAAUUUUACAAUUUCAUUUCAUGGAAUGUCACCACGUGAUAUGAAAUUAUUUCACUUUCUAUUGUAUAAUAUUCAAAUUGCAAGAAUUUAA